AUGCUUGCGGAUUCCAUGUUGUCCCGACACUUUGGCAAAGAGACGGUCAAUUACUUCUCCAGCUCUCCAAUUAACCGUCUAUCAUUCUUGCGCUCCGACCACCCGUUCCUGUCUACGGCUCUGAAACACCCCUCGGCCCGAUUUGUACUGUUGAACAACCUAGCGCCCUUAACCCCGUCGCCGGUGCAGCUAUACUUUGCCAAGUAUGACGAUAUCCGCAAGCUUGUGCCCCAGGAUACAUUCGAUACCUCCGAGGAAGACAUGAUCAAGAGCUAUGAUUCGCGGAAGACACACCCGACGCUUAUAUUCCUCGGACUGGACGAAAGUCUCAAGGAAGGGGGGAUGGCGUGGAAGAUAUACUCUGGCACGCCGUAUUUUGCAGUCGAUGUGACCCCUAAGGGCCCCGAAGAGCAGCAGACUGCAGCGAAGGACGUGAUCGGUGCCAUGGAGGCGAAAGGACUGUCUUUCUUCCAAGCACGAGUUGUCAUGUCCUUCUCCGCAGAUGAAGCUGCUAUCUACGCGCAGGCGCGCGCGCUGAUGGAUUGGAACACUCGCAACACCUUCUGCGGCACAUGCGGCCACCGCACCCUGGCCGUAAAUGCAGGGACCAAGCGUGCCUGCCCGCCGACUGAUGUUGCACGAGCAACAGAGGGCAAGGAGGAACAACGGCCGGAGUGUAAUACCCGUACCACACUGUCCAACCUUUGCUUCCCCCGUACCGAUCCGACUAUCAUCGUAGCGGUGGUUUCCGCCGACGGCAAGCGGAUCUUGCUCGGGCGGUCCAAGAGAUUCCCGCUAGGAUUUUACUCUACCCUGGCUGGAUUUAUUGAGCCAGCUGAGUCGAUUGAGGAUGCUGUGCGAAGAGAGGUGUGGGAAGAAUCGGGCGUCACUUUGUCCCGCGUUGUUAUCCAUUCCUCGCAGCCCUGGCCGUAUCCGGCCAAUUUGAUGAUUGGUGCUAUUGCCCAGGUCAGUGACCCCGCCCAUGAGACGAUCUCUUUACAACAUGACCCUGAGUUGGAGGAUGCGCGGUGGUUUGAGAUUGAUGAGGUGGAAGAGGCGCUGCGUAUUGGUGUAAGUGACUUGGGUUCUCAGGCUGGUCCGGAAUUCAAGGGUGGAUUGAGGUUGCCCCCUCCUACGGCCAUUGCCAAUCAGUUGAUCCAGGCUGCUGUGAGCGCAGAUUAUUUUGCCGUAGAGAAGCAGUCUAAGAUGUAA